AUGGAUUAGUUCUACUAUAGUUCAGAGCGUUGGGUUGUAUUUAAUGUAGAAACAUAUUUCAUAUUUAGAUUUUUCAAAUUUUAUCUUUCAAGAUGCAGUACUUAAGUAAAAUUGUUACCUGCCUCAACCAUUAACUAAUUUUUACCAUUAUGA